AAGUAGCCCCGGGGCGGGCAGCGCCUGUCACUCGGGAGGCUCUCAGAGCUCCUAUUGGCUCUUCUCAUGUGGGGCGGGGCCCGGGCACCCGGCUAAAUAGCUGGGGCCGGGGCCGGCCGCGACUCAUUGCUUUGGCGCCGUCUGGGGAGCGCGAGCCCGCGGGUGGCGCGCAGCGCAUGGUGGCGGCUCCUCUCGGAGCACAGCCGAACCGCUGACCCGGACUCCGUUCCCCCUGCCCGGCGCGCCCCGGCGGCCGGCUGGAGGCAGAAACAGCAGCAGCGUUAGCAGCAGCAGCGGCGGCGGCUGCUCCGCCGCCGUCUCCGCGGGAGCAUGGAGUGCGCCCUGGACGCCCAGAGCCUGAUCAGCAUCUCCCUGCGCAAGAUCCACAGCUCCCGAACCCAGCGCGGCGGCAUCAAGCUGCACAAGAACCUCCUGGUGUCCUACGUGCUCCGCAACGCGCGCCAGCUCUACCUGAGCGAGCGCUACGCCGAGCUCUACCGGCGCCAACAGCAGCAGCAACAGCAGCAGCCGCCCCACCACCAGCACCAGCACCUAGCGUACGCGGCGCCGGGCAUGCCGGCCAGCGCGGCCGACUUCGGCCCGCUCCAACUUGGUGGCGGCGGGGACGCGGAGGCGCGCGAGCCGGCCGCCCGGCACCAGCUGCACCAGCUCCACCAGCUCCACCAGCUGCACCUCCAGCAGCAGCUGCACCAGCACCAGCACCCGGCGCCCAGGGGCUGCGCGGCGGCGGCGGCGGCCGGAGCGCCCGCGGGCGGCGCGGGGGCGCUCUCGGAGCUGCCCGGGUGCGCCGCGCUCCAGCCGCCGCACGGCGCGCCCCACCGCGGGCAGCCCUUGGAGCCUCUGCAGCCGGGUCCUGCGCCGCUGCCGCUGCCGCUGCCACCGCCCGCUGCGCUCUGCCCGCGGGACCCUCGCGCCCCGGCCGCCUGCUCCGCGCCCUCCGCGCCCCCAGGGGCCGCCCCUCCGGCCGCCGCCGCUUCUCCGCCCGCCUCCCCGGCCCCCGCCUCCUCCCCCGGCUUCUACCGGGGCGCAUACCCGGCCCCCUCGGACUUCGGCUUGCACUGCAGCAGCCAGACCACCGUGCUGGACCUAGACACUCACGUGGUGACCACGGUAGAGAACGGCUACUUGCACCAGGACUGCUGCGCCUCCGCCCACUGCCCCUGCUGUGGCCAGGGCGCUCCGGGACCGGGCCUGUCGUCCGCCGCCGGCUGCAAGCGCAAGUAUUACCCUGGCCAGGAGGAGGAGGAAGACGACGAGGAGGACGCGGGCGAGCUGGGGGCCGAGCCCCCCGGGGGCGCCCCAUUCGCCCCCUGCAAGCGCGCCCGCUUCGAGGACUUCUGCCCGGACUCGUCCCCGGACGCGUCCAACAUCUCAAACUUGAUCUCCAUCUUUGGCUCCGGCUUCUCGGGGCUCGUGAGCCGACAGCCGGACUCCUCGGAGCAGCCGCCGCCGCUCAACGGGCAGCUGUGCGCCAAGCAGGCGCUCGCCAGCCUCGGCGCCUGGACUCGAGCCAUUGUCGCCUUCUAGGGACCCCCGAGGGCACAGGGACCCGGGGCCCCGCGGGGCUGGGGCCAGACAAAGACUCGGCCAAGGGGCGAGAGGGGGGAACGAGCGGGCGCCGGGCCACUCGGGGCUGAGCUGAGGGCGAGCAGGGGCAGGCGGCUGAUGUUUUAUAAAUUGUAAAAUAAAAAAAAGAAAUCUAAAAUCUUGGACUUUAUUUUUGCAGAGAGAAAAGCGCCUAUUUAAGUAUGCUUUGUGUUUCUCCUACUCUUUUUUUCUUUUUAUUGUAGUGAUUGCAGUGGUGUUUAGCGAGGAGCCUGCCACGUGAGGGAGGGCUGCUGCCCGGAGAAGCUGCCGGGCAGCCGGGGGCGAGGCAGGGCGCCCUGGCCGCCGGGGCGCGCUGGGGGCGCAGCGCAGGAGGGCGCGGGACCCGGGACGCCGAUUCCAAUCAGUUGUCAGACCCGGGAAGCCCGACGUUCCGCUCUCCCAAGUCUCUCUGUGGGGUGAGGAAUGGGUCUUGUGAAAUUCUGAGCAAAAACAAAGGCAAACUAUCUCCGAAAGGGACGUUUGGGUCACAUUUCCUCUCUGGGGGCGGACUCCAAAGUUCUCAAAAUGAGAAGGCAGAAAUGAAAACACUUCAACUUUUUUUUUCUUUUCUUCCCGGGGCGGGUGUCUUGAACCCCUCUUCUCCCCGCCCCUCUGGCUCCGUUCUCCUCCCCUCCUCCACCCGUCUCCCGGACUCGGGGGUGGCGCCUGACACCCCGACACUCUCGGACACUGUUUGGGUAAGGGGUGGGGGGCGGGCACGGCGGACUACAUUUCCCAUCAUGCCCAGCACUGCGGUCCUCGCUAAACAAAAAAGGAAGUCAAUUCCUUCACCUGGAUCCCCGGCGGCCCCGGGGGAGGGAGGGGCCGGGACCGCCGACUGCGUUGGAGACUUUGCACUAAGUUCCUGGUCAGCUGUGGUGUUUGUGUGUGUGCUUCUAAGUUGCACUGCCUUGGUUCAGCCUUCGGUUGCAUUUCAUGAAACCAGCAUUGUUCGAGCCUGUGAGAACCCCGUCCUGUGUCUUCAGCUCGAUAGAUUUGUUUAAUUUAAAAGCCUUUUGUUGUAAAAAGGUGGGGUUCGUCUGCAGCCCCUCUGGUUCUCUGCCAUCAGCACCGUGUGGACUCCAAAACAAGUUGCCAACCCUUCCUUUCUCGGCCCUUUUCCCUCAUUGCCCUGUAUUUUUGUGCAUACGGAAUUGUAUAUCACCGGGUAAAACUGUUCAGAUUGUUUAAAUUUAUAAUCUUAAUAAAAAGUCGAUUACAGAA